AGAUGUCUGCGCCCUGUAGAAGGAUGGCAAGUCGGUCUCUCUUACAAUUUCUGUCUUGCUUCAGCAGGACAGCGGUCGGGAACGCGGGUCUUCGUCCUUUUUCCAGCACUUCUGUGUGUCGUGCGACAUUUCGGACCCACAAUGUGGUAGAAAGAGCGCAUUCUCCGUGGACUUUGAUGGCAGCUGUCUGUCUGCAAAGGCUUCCGGUCAUUUCAGCGGACUGCAGCCCGAUCGAGCAGCAGUUCAGAGAGAUGAUGCACCAGAUGGAGCGGGAGAAAAGCCUGCUGUCGGACCACGAGCUGCAGCUGCUGGAGGACGCUGAGAGGAUGAGUCGCAGGCAGGCGGACAACUACGACUCGGAAGGGGAGGACGACUACAGGGACCAGGAGAUUGUGUUGGCUCAGGACCUGGAAGACUCCUGGGAGCAGAAGAUGAAGAGCUUUCAGCCGUCUCCAAGGGUCACAGAUGCAGACCAGGACCUGACCUCGUCGGAGCGCUGUCUGGCCGACUCGCUGGUCCUUCUGGCCGAGCAACAGGUAGCCGGCGAGCCGCUGUGGCUGCUGCCUCAGGCCCGGUGGCAGGAAGGGGAAACGCUGCGGCAGACGGCCGAGAGAGCCCUCGCCUCCCUGCCAGCAGCUGGUCUCAAGGCGACUUUCCUCGGCAACGCGCCCUGCGGAGUGUACAAGUACAAACUGCCCCAAGCCGCUCGGACUGAGAGCACAGUCGGGAUCAAGGUGUUCUUCUUCAAAGCCGUGCUGUCGGGCGGCGGGCCCCCCGCGGGCCCAGGCGGCCCUCUCCUGUGGGCGAAGAAAGACGAGCUGCGGCGCUACCUGAAGCCAGCGUACAUGAUGAAGGUCGACCGCGUCGUCCUCGGCCUGUGACGCGCUCCACGUGAAGAGCGGCGCAAUUAUUUAUGAGGCGUCCUUGUCGUCUUGUAUCAUAAAGAGUUCUUUCAUCUGAUGUAUGUGUUGUACAAAUAAAAAGUUUUUUUCCACACACA